AUGCUUAUUGGUUUAAGCAUCGUUAUAGCCAAAAGUGAUGUUAAAUUUCGUAAAAUCCAACAAAAACGAUUUUCUCGAACCAAUGAACAAAUACGUACUUUACGUAAUCUUGUGGGAAAAUUAGUUGAUAGUGAAACAAAUACUGUCUAUACUAUAGAUGGACAAAAACAACAAAGUACAUCAUGGAAUUCAGGUGCAACGACAGUAGCACCAUUUUCACCCAGUCCACCGCCUACUCCUGAGGAAAUCGCGUGUCUUGCAGCAUGUCAAUCUUGUGUUGAAGAUUAUCCGAUUGAAAGCAGCAAGAAGAAAUCAGCAAAUAAUUGUGGUCCAAUGUGUGAUUGUGCUGACAGUUGCUUCCGCAUGCCAGUCCAGCAGGUUGGUAAAAUAUAUGGACAACGUGCGAAUACAGAUUAUGGCAAAGAAUGUUGGUGGAGAACCUUUAGUGACAUGCUCAGCAAUGAUAUGUUAUCUUCAGCAUAA